AUGGAUCGAGAGCAAUUCAGAACGGCGGCUCAUGCAGCCAUUGAUGAUAUUAUCGGAUACUUUGACGGCCUGCCGUCGCAGCGCGUCGUGCCCACGGUCGAACCGGGGUACUUGCGUCCUCUGAUUCCUGAGAAUCCGCCCGAGGAGCCGGAAGAAUGGUCGCAGAUCCAGGCCGAUAUCGAGAACAAGAUCAAGCCAGGGUUGACGCACUGGCAGUCGCCUAACUUCAUGGCUUUCUUUCCGGCCACGGUGACCUAUCCUAGCAUUCUGGGUGAAAUGUACUCCGCCGCGUUCACGGCUCCUGCGUUCAAUUGGCUUUGCUCGCCGGCUUGCACGGAGCUGGAGACUAUUGUCAUGGACUGGAUGGCGCAGGCCUUGGGUCUUCCUGAGUGCUUCCUUAGUACGUCGGAAAACCGUGGCGGCGGUGUCAUUCAGGUCACGGCCAGUGACACCAUUGCGACGGUGAUGAUUGCUGCUCGUGAGCGACGGGUGUAUGAGCAGGCGCGCGCUGAGGGGCUGAAGGAGGGUACGGUCGAGUUCGAGGAUCGGCUGAUGGAUCUCCGACCGAGAUUGGUUGCGCUGGGCAGCAAUCAAGCGCACAGCAGUACCGCCAAGGGCGCUCUGAUCGCGGGAACCCGCUACCGCAGCGUCACCGCGCAGUUGGAGAACAACAUGGAGAUGACUGGCGAGGGGUUGCGAGCUGUGCUGGAACAGUGCGAGAAGGAUAACUUCACGCCGUACUAUAUCACUCUUGGAAUGGGCACGACGAACUCCUGUGCCUUGGAUCGCUUUGCCGAGAUCAAGGCCGUUUUGCGAGAGAAGCCGUCAUGGCAGAAAAUCUGGGUCCACAUUGACGCUGCCUAUGCUGGCGCGGCUCUGGUGGCGGAUGAAUUCCAGUAUAUUGCCAAGGACUUUGCAGAGGGCGUGGACAGCUUCAACAUGAAUAUGCAUAAAUGGCUCCUCGUGAACUUUGACGCUAGUCUUCUGUUUGUCAGGAAUCGCCACGAUCUGACCGAUGCUCUUGACAUUACUCCAGCCUACUUGCGCAACCCCUACUCCGACGCCGGCACGGUCAUCGAUUACCGGAACUGGUCCAUCUCGCUCGGACGACGAUUCCGCGCCUUGAAGAUCUGGUUCGUGGUUCGCAGUUACGGACUCAACGGAAUGAAAGCCUUCAUCCGGCGGACCAUCAAAAUUGGCGAAGUGUUCUCGGACCUGGUGCGCAGCCGAUCCGACCUUUUUGAGAUCGUUACCAAGCCUGCCUUCUGCUUGACUGUUCUCCGAAUCAAGAACCCGAGUCACGCCGUCAUGAACGGAGAGGCGUCCGUUGCGCAGCCGGACGAGAAAGCGAACGCGCUGACCAAGGAAGUUUAUGAGCUGAUCAACUCGCGUGGCGAGAUCUUCAUCACCUCGACGGUCAUUGCUGGCGUUUAUUCUAUUCGCGUGGUUAGCUCGAAUGAGCAAGCCGACGAGAAAUACAUUCGUCGAGCGUUUGACAUUCUCGUCCAAACGACCGAGGAGGUCUUGCAACGGGAGAAGUAA